AUGUCUGAAUCCGCCAUGCUUGUCUACGAUGACUACGACAAGGGUUCCUUAUACAUUUCCGACAACGCGCUGGAAGUAUUUAUCCUUGUUGUCAAUAUAGUCGUCUUAGGUCUCAUAGCGUUGACAGGAGUGAUCAGCAAUGUAAUCAACAUGGUCAUAUUUGUGAAGCAAGUUCUUAAGGACAGUAUGACUGUUGGUCUUUUCGCCCUGGCUUUCACGGACUUUUCCGUCACGACCUUGGAGUUGAGCAUUUCAUGUAUCUAUGUGGCCAGUGUUUUGUAUCCAGAGAGUCCUGUAGAUUUAUGGGCGUUGGCGUAUAUCUCGUUUGCUUGGGCGGUCUAUGCUUUGUAUCUGACCUCUUGCUGGAUCACCGCUAUGAUCGCAAUAGAAAGAUGCUUUUGUGUGGUGUUCCCUUUCCAAGUGAAACAGAUCUUCACAAAAGGUCGCUGCGUUCUAGUUAUUUUUAUGAUAUACGCGAUUCACAUCUCUACGUUUAUCCCCGUGUUCGUCAUUGAGAAAAUGGAAUGGGUUCUCGUGGAAUCACCCAAAGGGAACGCCUCUCUCAGCGUUGUUCCGGAAACAUGGGUGUACACCGUUGUCUUCUCCGACGCCACGGAUGAAGUGGAAGCCGCUAUGGACAUUGCUGGCGGCAUGUUCCUCUUCAUGACGUCUCAGCUGGUCCUCUACGUCUGCUCCGUAUGGAUGACCGUGUCUCUGAAGCUCUCUUCCACGGUUCGCACUGCUAGGCUCCUGUCCGACGAGAAGCCGGGCAACGAUUCCAAAAUGACUCUGCAAGAGAAGCGUCUGGUCAAGAUGGUGCUCUUUUUGACUUUGCUUCAGUCUGCCUGCAACCUGCCGAGACUAGCCGUAACCAUAUUUUACCACGCAUUCCCUGGUAUAAGUAUAGAGCUACACAAAAACUUCAGCACUGUGGUAUGGACAUCCUCAGUGGUCAUCAACAACAUCUCCUGCUCCUGUAACUCUCUCGGCUACUACUUCCUGAACUCCAAUUAUCGCAAAACGUUUAGAAAGAUAUUUGAAGGCCACGUCUCCAGUCUCGUCCAGAGUAAAAACAGUUCAAUCCAUUAG